AUGGCGGAAGACGAAGUACUUUACGAGACACGUUUUCACGUCUCAAGACCUUACACUUCUAAUUACCCUCCUCUUCAACACUCCAACAAGGCAAAUCAAGGCGGUUUUUUGUCGAUAAUUAAAGAGAAAUGGAGUGAUUACAGAAAUUAUAAUUCUAAUAAUUCAAAAUCAGCUACAAAAAUAAAGAGGAAUUCAUCGCUGUUUAUCUCUCCAAGAGGUGAAUAUGUUGCUGUUGGUAGUGCAAAUCAAAUUACGAUUUUGUCCAAAGAGAAUGAUUAUCAGCAACCGCACGGCAUUUUUACAGGUAGUAGUGGUGGUGUCUUUACCUGCGGGGUUUGGUCGGAAAUUCAUGGUGUUUUAGGAGUGGUUGAUGAUAGUGAUACGGUUUAUUUUAUCAAAGUGAAUGGGGAAGAGAUUACUAGAAUUAAUAGACGGCAAUUAAAAGUGAGUUCGUCGAUAGUAGGGUUGAUUCCACCGGAUGAUAAUGAUGCGCAGCAGUCUUGUUUUGGAUAUCUUCAUCGUAUUGAGUUAAGUAAGGAUCCAAGUGCUUCUGUUUCAAAUAGUGGGUUGAAGUCGCUAGGGCAUUUCCCUAAGGAUGUUUUCUGCUUUGGCUAUAGUUCAGAACUUUCGUUGCUUGUUGUUGUUGGUAGUGCAGUUGGGAUCUCUCAAUUGUCUGGUGGAAAUCAGAGUGGAUCUUGUAUUCUUUCUCUUUGGUGUAGAAGUCGAAAAUUAGAUUUGGAACCAUUGUUUUCUAUUCAGUUUGAAGGCUUAUAUUUGAAACCUAAAGAUGCCAUACUAGCAUGUCCAAAGGUGCUAAUUUCACCACUUGGAAAAUUCGUCGCCACUUUAGAUAUAUCAGGAUGCUUGCACAUUUUCAAGGUGGAUAAAGAAAGCUGUUUGCUUUCGAGAUUUGCUGGUGAAGAGCAAUCAGGUUCACAAGGAACCAGUAACAUAACAAAUGGACAGGAUGACCUUUUAAGUGAUAUUGUGGAUUUUACUUGGUGGUCUGACCACAUCGUGGCCCUCGCAAAACGUGGUGGCAUUGUGGCCAUGCUUGAUAUUGUUACUGGCUUAAAGUUUCGAGAGGAUGACAACCUAUAUUCAAUGCUGGUUUUGGAUAGAAUACAGCAGUUUCAAGGACACAUAUUUGUUUUAGAUAGCAAAAACCCAAAUAAUCAUAAUAGAGAAUCAGGUGGUUUGCACAAUGUGGAGCUGAUCAUGGGUGGCAGAAGUGAUCAAUAUGAUGUUUCCCAGCUGCACUGGAGCUUGAUCUCACUUUCAAAGAGAUCUGUCCCUGAAAUGUACAAUAUCUUAAUUAGUAGCUGUAAAUAUCAGGCUGCCUUGGACUUUGCCAAUCGUCAUGGCUUGGACAGAGAUGAAGUUUUAAAAUAUCAGUGGUUGCACUCCGGCCAAGGAAAAGAUGAUAUACAUAUGUUUUUGACCAAUAUAAAGGAUCACAAUUUUGUGCUUUCUGAGUGUGUUGAUAAGGUUGGCCCGUCAGAAGAUGCUGUAAGAGCUUUACUUUCAUAUGGGCUGCAUGUGACUGAUCAGUUCCGUUUUUCAGAGUCAAAAUCUGAUAAAGGGAGCCAGAUCUGGCAUUUUCGUAUGGCUAGACUUCAGCUGUUGCAAUUCAGAGACAGGCUAGAGACAUAUAUGGGGAUAAACAUGGGCAGGUAUUAUGUUCUCUGGAAACUCUCCCCUAUCCUUCAUGGCUCUCAAAUAGAAUAUAGCAAAUUUCGUGUUAUACCUGUCAAUGAAGCUGCCAUAACACUUGCUGAAAGUGGGAAAAUUGGGGCCCUAAACCUCCUCUUCAAGCGUCAUCCUUAUUCACUGUCUCCUUCAAUGUUGAAAAUAUUAGCUGCUAUUCCUGAAACUGUUCCUGUUCAAACCUAUGGGCAGCUUCUUCCUGGGAGAUCCCCUACCCCAAGAAUUGCUCUCAGGGAAGAAGAUUGGGUAGAAUGUGAGGAGAUGGUAAACUUUAUCAAUAGGCUACCGGAGAAUCAUGAGAUUGGUAUCCAGAUCCAAACUGAGCCCAUUCUCAAACGGAGCCUUGGUUAUCUUUGGCCAUCAUCUAGUGAACUCUGUGAGUGGUACAAGUGUAGAGCCAGAGAUAUUGAUAGCUGUAGUGGCCAGCUUGACAACUGUCUCUUCUUGAUUGAUUUUGCUUGCCGCAAAGGCAUCUCUGAGUUACAGAAGUUUCAUGAGGAUAUUUUAUACUUGCACCAGCUCAUUUAUUCGGAUGAAACUGAUGUUGAAACUUGUUCUAAUAUGAGUCUUAUCUCAUGGGAGCAAUUAUCUGAUUAUGAAAAAUUCAGAAUUAUGCUUAAGGGAGUGAAAGAGGAAAAUGUAGUAAAAAAGCUGCAUGAUAGGGCAAUUCCAUUUAUGCGAAAUAGGUCUCACAACAUGCCCUCUUUUACUCGAGAUCAGGAUAUAGAUGGGCAUUUCCCUUCAAUUCACAAGGAUGAUUCAUUUCUGGUUAAAUGGCUGAAGGAAAUUGCUUCGGAAAAUAAACUAGACAUAUGCUUGAUGGUUAUUGAGGAAGGAUGCAGGGAACUGCAUAUUAAUGGUUUCUUCAAGGAUGAGAUUGAAGCUGUAGAUUGUGCUUUGCAGUGUAUUUAUUUUUGCAAUCUUACAGAUAGAUGGAGUAUAAUGGCUGCCUUAUUGUCAAAGCUCCCACAGAAGCAAGCAGAUGUUGGAAUAUCUAUUGAGGGCCUUGAGAAACGACUAAAACUUGCUGAAGGUCAUAUUGAAGCUGGGAGGCUUUUGGCAUUGUAUCAGGUUCCAAAGCCAAUGAGUUUUUUCCCUGAGGCUCAUGCAGAUGACAAAGGUGUGAAACAGAUUCUUCGUCUUAUACUCUCAAAAUUUGUUCGGAGACAGCCAGGUCGAUCAGAUAAUGAUUGGGCAAACAUGUGGCGUGAUAUGCAAUGCUUGCGAGAUAAGGCUUUUCCUUUCCUUGACCCAGAGUAUAUGCUAGUGGAAUUCUGCAGAGGACUGCUGAAAGCUGGGAAAUUUUCUCUUGCAAGAAAUUAUCUGAAAGGUACAAGCUCAGUAGCCUUGGCAUCAGAGAAAGCAGAAACUCUUGUUAUUCAAGCAGCUCGGGAGUAUUUUUUCUCAGCUUCAAGUUUGUCUUGCUCUGAAAUCUGGAAGGCCAAGGAAUGCCUUAGUUUAUUUCCAAAUAGCAGAAAUGUUAAGACAGAGGCUGAUAUAAUUGAUGCUCUCACUGUUAAACUUCCCUACCUUGGAGUGACUCUACUACCUAUGCAGUUCAGGCAAAUAAAGCAUCCUAUGGAGAUCAUCAAAAUGGCAAUCACUAGCCAAGCUGGAGCUUAUCUACAUGUUGAUGAACUCAUUGAGGUUGCCAAACUUCUUGGGUUGAACUCUUCAGAUGAUAUAUCUACUGUUCAAGAAGCUAUUGCUAGAGAAGCUGCGGUGGCAGGUGAUCUGCAAUUGGCAUUUGAUCUCUGCCUCGUUCUUGCCAAAAAAGGGCAUGGUCCUGUUUGGGAUCUAUGUGCUGCAAUAGCAAGGGGUCCUGCCCUUGAAAAUAUUGAUAUGGGCUCUCGAAAGCAUCUGCUUGGUUUUGCUCUGAGUCAUUGUGACGAGGAAUCUAUUGGUGAGUUGCUUCAUGCGUGGAAAGAUCUUGACAUGCAAGGCCAGUGUGAGAAUUUGUCUAUCUUGACUGGGACAAGUCCUUCCAGCAUCUCAGAUCAAGAUUCCUUCAUUACACCACUCCCAGCUCAUGGAAAGCAAGAUUCCUCCGAACUGGUUGGGGGAGCAAUCAGUGGAGAUCGAGAAGUGUGUUUAAGUAACAUUAAAAAUACACUUUCUUUUGUUAUUAAAAACUGGCAUGUAGAUAGUGGAACUGAUCUGGAAUCUUUUUUAUGGGAAAAUGGAAAACUUUUAUCUUUUGCCACUAUUCAACUUCCGUGGUUGCUUGAAUUGAGUCAGAAAGCAGAGAAUGGUAAGAAAUUUUGCAACUUUAUUCCUGGAAAGCAUUAUGUCAGCAUAAGAACACAAGCUGUGGUAACCAUACUGUCCUGGCUGGCAAGAAAUGGUUUUGCUCCAAGAGAUGAUGUCAUUGCUUCUCUGGCAAAAUCAAUCAUAGAACCACCUGUUACAGAAGAGGAAGACAUCAUGGGGUGCUCUUUCUUAUUGAAUCUUGUGGAUGCCUUUAGUGGAGUAGAAAUAAUAGAAGAGCAGCUAAGGAUGCGGGAGAAUUACCAAGAAAUUAGUAGCAUCAUGAAUGUGGGAAUGACAUACAGUUUAUUACAUAACUCUGGUGUUGAGUGCAAGGGUCCAGCUGAGAGGAGAGAGCUGCUGCUGAGGAAGUUUAAAGAGAAGCACAAACCACCUAGUUCAGAUGAAAUGACCAAAAUUGAUGAAGUACAGUCCACGUUUUGGAGAGAAUGGAAGUUCAAAUUAGAAGAGAAAAAACGCAUAGCAGAACAAUCUAGAGAGCUGGAGAAAAUCAUUCCUGGAGUUGAAACUGGGCGUUUUCUGUCUGUAAAGUUGGAAAAGAAGCACAUUAUAAGGGAUGUCUUAAAAUUGGCUGAUGCCUAUGGCUUAAAUCACACUGAGGUGCUACUACGGUAUCUAAGUACUAUCCUUGUUUCUGAGGUUUGGACUGAUGAUGAUAUUAAGGCUGAAAUUUCAGAGGUCAAGAGAGAAAUAGUUGGCUGUGGUUCUGAAACCAUCAAAACUAUCUCCUUGGUUGUUUACCCUGCAAUUGAUGGGUGCAACAAGCAACGCCUUGCUUGUAUAUAUGGCCUCCUUUCAGACUGCUACUUGCAGCUGGAAGAAACCAAAGAAUCUCUGUCAACUGCACAUCCAAAUUCAUCAAAUUUGUCUGCUCAUGAGUUAGCUCAUUUGUACAAGGUCUUUGAGCAAGAAUGUCUCAGAGUUUCCUUUAUUAAGAACCUAGACUUCAAGAAUGUUGCUGGAUUAGAUGGUUUGAAUUUGCAGUCUUUCCAAAAUGAAGUCUUUUCGCAUGUUGAUGAAUUUAACUUGGAAGCUUUGGCAAAAAUGGUACAAACAUUAGUCAGUAUCUAUGCUGAUUCAGUGCCUGAAGGUCUCAUACUGUGGCAAGAUGUCUACAAACAUUACGUGCUGAGUUUAUUGACGACUUUGGAAAGUAGAGUUAGAACAGAGUUUGAUGUUAGAAAUGCUGAAAAGUUUCAAGAAUUUUUGAGUCGACUGGAGCAAACCUAUGAUUUUUGCAGAACAUAUAUCAGGCUUUUGGCACCUUCAGAUUCUUUAGAUAUUAUGAAGAAAUACUUCACAGUGAUUAUACCCCUGCACGGUUCUCAUGAGAGUAUACCAGAUAACUCAACAUGGCAGGAUUGCCUCAUUGUUCUUUUGAACUUUUGGCUUAAAUUGACUGAAGAAAUGCAGGAAAUGGCGUUAAAUGAGGGUUUAGUAGGAAAACUCACGUUUGACCCAGAGUUCUUAUCAAGUUGUCUGAAGGUUUUUAUGAGGUUGGUGAUGGAGGACAGUGUUUCACCAAGUCAGGUGUGGGGCACCAUAAUUGGUUAUGCAAGUUGUGGUUUAAUUGGUGAUUUUGCUGUUGAGAUACCAAUUUUCUGCAGAGCUAUGUUAUAUUCCGGUUGUGGGUUUGGAGCCAUUUCAGAAGUAUUCUUGGAAGCAAUGUCGAAGUGUGCCUUCAGUUCAGCUCCAACCGAUGGCAAUGAAUCCCUGGAUCUUCCACAUCUCUAUAUAAAUAUGUUGGAACCGAUUCUAAGAGACUUGGUUGGUGGAUCCCAUGAACACCAGAAUUUGUUUAAUUUGUUAUCAUCUCUGAGUAAGUUGGAAGGUCAAAUAGAGGAUAUGCAAAGAGUCAGGCAUGUAGUUUGGGAAAGAAUGGCCCAAUUCUCUGAUAAUUUGGAGAUCCCAAGCCAUGUUAGAGUUUAUGUUCUAGAAAUUAUGCAGUUCAUCGCAGGUAGAAAUAUUAAGGGUUUCUCUACGGAGCUAGAAUCCAAUCUUUUACCAUGGGAAGGAUGGGAUGGGUUGCUCUCUACCAGUAAAAAGAGUGAGACUUCUGCAAAUCAAGGGUUGCCUGAUCGUACAGAUACUUCUAGCAGGUUUACAAGUACACUGGUUGCCCUCAAAUCAUCUCAGCUUGCAUCAGCCAUAUCCUCUAGUAUAGAAAUUACCCCUGAUGAUCUCUUGGAUGUUGAGACUGCUGUCUCUUGCUUCUUGAAGUUGUGUGGAUCUUCCAGAACGGAGUCUCAUUUUGAUGCAUUGAUAGGCAUUUUAGAAGAGUGGGAAGGGUUUUUUGUAACAGCAAAAGAUGAGGCAGAUACCACAGAAGCAACAGAAACAGGAAAUGACUGGAAUAAUGAUGAUUGGGAUGAAGGAUGGGAAAGCUUACAGGAAAUAGAAGCUCCAGAGAAAGAGAAGACAGAGAAUUCCAAUCACGUUCAUCCUUUACAUGUCUGUUGGAUGGAAAUUUUCAAAAAGCUUAUAACGUCGUCCAGGUUUAAGGAUGUGUUAAGACUGAUUGACCUGUCCUUAUCAAAAUCUAAUGGAAUAUUGCUUGAUGAAGAUGAUGCAAGGAGCUUGAGUCAGGCUGUGCUGGAGAAGGAUUAUUUCAUGGCUCUAAAAAUGGUGCUUCUUCUGCCUUAUGAAGCAAUACAGUUGCAGUGUUUGGGUGUACUUGAAGACAAGCUGAAACAAGGAGGGAUUUCGGGUUCGGCUGGCAGGGAUCAUGAGUUCUUAAUGCUUGUGUUAUCUUCUGGGGUUAUAUCAAAUAUCAUCACCAAAACCUCAUAUGGCACCACUUUCUCAUAUCUCUGCUAUGUGGUUGGAAAUUUCUCACGCCAGAGUCAGGAAGCCCAAUUAUCAACAAUCACGAACAAGCGAACAAAUGAACGUGUAAAUAUAGAGAAAGACGCAUUAUUAUUUUUCAGAAGAAUCAUGUUUCCCAGCUUCAUAUCAGAGCUUGUGAAGGCCGACCAGCAGAUCCUAGCAGGAUUUCUCAUUACUAAAUUUAUGCACACAAAUCCUUCUCUCAGUCUAAUUAACAUCACGGAGGCUGGUCUUUGUAGGUACUUGGAAAGGCAGCUCCAUGCACUUCAGCAAGGCGACUUCUCCCUCGAGGAGAUAAGUUCCUGCGAAACGUUUAAGAAUACGGUCUCCAGACUGACAAUCAAGUUGCGAGAUCAGAUCCAAUCAGCAUUGCCAUUCCUCUCUAGUAAUGUUAGAUGA